AGGUUGCCGGGGAGAGACAAGAGAUAAUAGCACAAAAAAUCUAACGUCAAUCUGGAAUAGAAUUUGAUCCAAGGCCUCCUGGCUUCUAGGCGAGAAUGCGGGGCCAAGUUGGCACUGGAAGUGCGUGUGACUGGAUGAAAAGGCAUUAAUCAUUCUGGAGCUCAUGGCAGCCUACAUCACUGACACUGAUUUGCAAUGAAACUGAAUCAAGAGUAAAAUGUUUCCCUUAAAAGAUGCCCAGCUUGGAGCCUUCACUUUUUUUGCCUCUGCGCUUCCACAUGAUGUCUGCGGUAGCAACGGGCUUCCUCUGACCCCAAACUCCAUCAGGAUUCUAGGACGAUUCCAAAUCCUCAAGGCCAUCUCACAUCCCAGGCUCUGCCAAUAUGUGGACAUAUCGCGUGGCAAACAUGAAAGGCUGGUGGUUGUUACUGAGCAUUAUGAGAGAAGCCUGGAAGAUCUAUUAAAGGAAAGAAAGCCCAACAGUCCGGGAAGGGUGCUCCAAAUAGCCUUUGAGGUGUUAGAAGGACUGGAAUAUAUGAACAAACACAGAAUGGUUCACCGAGCACUUGCACCACACAAUAUUCUUCUGGAUUGUGAGGGUCACAUUAAGUUGGCUAAGUUUGGUCUGUAUCAUAUGACUGGUUACAAUGCUGAUGUUGACUUCCCUAUUGGGUAUCCUUCAUACUUGGCACCUGAGGUCAUUGCCCAGGGAAUGGUGAAGUCCACUGAUCACACUCAGAGCGACAGGUCGUCACCCUCGGGUCCGAAGGUUGAUGUGUGGUCUCUUGGCGUGAUACUGUUUGAACUUUGUGUGGGUCACAAACUGCUACAGAAUGUGGACAUUUCUGAAAGGCUAAAAUUUAUCCUAAACCUAGAUUGUGUGGAUGAUAUCUUGACUGUGAUAUCAGAAGAGCAUGGCUGCUUAGAGAUUACCACGGAUUUACCCAAAGAUGUUCAAACGCUAUUGAAAAAAUGCCUGACCUUUCAUCCAUCCAAAAGGCCCACUCCAGCUGAAUUGCUGCAAGACAAUUUAUUCAGUGAAGUUUCUGCUUUGUACAAACCAUUCCGCAAACCUGAUGGCCUCUUUUCAUCCUCUCUGCGCUGUGCUGAUCUAAUCAUUCCUGAGGACCUGGGGACAUUCUGUAAAGAUGAAGACUAUCUUUCAGAAAGAUCCAUCGAUGAAGUCUAUUAUCUGUGGUGUUUGGCUGGAGGGGACUUGGAGAAGGAACUUACAAUCAAAGGAAUCAUUCGCUCUAAACCGCCAAUUUGUACAUUGUCAAACUUUAUAUUAGAAGAUGGAGAAAGCUUUGGGCAAGUAAGGGAUAGAAGUUUCCUCCUGGAUGAUACCACACUGACACUAUCAUUAUGCCAACUGAAGAAUAGAUUGAAAGAUGUCGCUGGAGAAGCAUUUUAUCCUUUGCUGGAAGAUGAGCAGUCAACAAUAUCACCUUCUAACAGCAGCCAUGAACUUACAGCAGCAGCCGCGCUGCCCCUCAUUAUACGAGAGAGAGACACUGAGUACCAGCUUCACCGAAUCAUACUCUUCGACAGGCUGCUAAAGGCGUAUCCGUACAAAAAGAAUCAAAUUUGGAAAGAAGCAAGAGUAGACAUUCCUCCACUAGUGAGAGGUUUGACUUGGGCUGCACUGCUGGGAGUGGAGGGUGACAUACAAGCAAAAUAUGAUGCUAUUGACAAGGAUACACCAAUACCCACCGAUCGACAGAUUGAAGUGGAUAUCCCACGCUGCCAUCAGUAUGAUGAGCUGCUGUCAUCACCAGAGGGUCAUAGAAAGUUCAGGCGUGUAUUAAAGGCUUGGGUCGUUUCCCAUCAAGAUCUUGUGUAUUGGCAAGGUUUGGACUCCUUGUGUGCACCAUUCUUGUAUCUGAAUUUCAACCAUGAAGCCUUGGCCUAUGCUUGCAUGUCUGCUUUUAUUCCCAAAUAUCUGUACAACUUCUUUCUGAAGGACAAUUCUCAUGUCAUACAAGAGUAUCUGACAGUGUUUUCCCAGAUGAUUGCUUUCCAUGACCCAGAGCUGAGUAACCAUCUCAAUGAGAUUGGCUUCAUUCCAGAUCUUUAUGCCAUUCCAUGGUUUCUCACAAUGUUUACACAUGUGUUUCCUUUGCACAAAAUCUUUCACCUAUGGGACACGUUACUCUUAGGCAUUUCUUCAUUCCCGUUCUGUAUUGGGGUAGCGAUUCUGCAACAGUUGCGAGACAGACUACUGGCCAAUGGAUUCAAUGAAUGCAUUCUACUGUUUUCAGACUUACCAGAAAUUGACAUUGAGCGUUGUGUUCGAGAGUCUAUCAAUCUUUUCUGCUGGACGCCUAAAAGUGCUACGUACAGGCAACACGCUCAACCACCUAAGCCUGCAUCUGAUAGCAAUGGAGUGCCCCGACCAUCAUCCUACUAUUCAGCAGACUAUCAGGACGUGCCUAAGACUGACCUCUCUCGUGAUUCCAUUAGAUUAAAUGAACUGAAGACUGAAGUAUCACCACGGAUUUCUGCAGAGGACCUAAUUGAUCUUUGUGAACUGUCAGGACCCACAAGCUCCAAGAUGCCCACCAAAAAGACAAAGUCAGGGAAGCCAAAACUGCUUGUGGUGGAUAUUCGCAGCAGUGAGGAAUUCACUCGUGGCCACAUCAGUGGCAGCAUAAACAUUCCGUACAGCUCUGCCUUCAGCCUGGACGGUGAGCUGAUCCAGUGUGCAUCCACCAGCUUGCUGCACAGCUUCAAGGGGCGUGUGGUUGUCGUUGUGGGGAACGUGGUCAGGAACGCAGCUGACUUCACAGCUCAUUUAGUGAAGCUGGGUUACCCACGAGUCUGCACCUUGGAUGGAGGCAUCAACAAGAUGAAGCCGACGGGGCUGCUAAUGGUCCCUUCACCUCAGAUCUGAAUCUUUCCACCCACAAUACAAGGGGCAGACUUGGUGGGGACAGCAGCAGCACCAGCAAUAAAGGGCAACACUGACACGCAAGACUAAAAUCCCUCUCUAUGAAUCCCUAGCUGUGCGUAAUCAGUAACCUGUAAUGUCUCAGUCACAUUUAAACCAAUUGUGACACAGGUGAUAAUCUGCAAAAUGGUGUUUUCUGAUGUCCAACAAUGUUUAAGUAGAAAUUCACACCUGAGUAUCAUUCAGCUAUCGGAACCAUUGUGAAUCAAAUUUUUUAGUGUUUUCACAAAAGUGAAAAUUGUGUCAUUGAUUGUGAAUAGUGAUUUUAACAGAAUAUUACAAGAAAUUUCUUUAUUUAAAUAGUAUGCUCCAAAGAGAAAUUUUUUCUUGCCUUUUUUAAAAUCAUUUUUAAUUGGGUCUGAAAGAAAGUACUAAGUACUGGGGUAACCUGUUUACUAACUUAAGUAGACCCAAAGAGCCUUGGUAGAUCAGUGUCUAUGGAAGGAAUUCAAAAAGCAUUAGAAUCGCCACUAUUAAUUUAUCAAUUAAUAAUGUGCCCAGCCAUACUCCUUAGCGGCCAGCUAAGCACUGAAGGGCCUCACCCUAACUGUAGCUGGAAGAUUUUCAUUUCGGAGAAUGCUGACCCCUCUGUCUUUGUGCUUAACUUUUGUUUCAAGCUUUAUGCUUCACAAGACUGAAGGCUUGUUAUGUAUGAUUAUAGGAUUUGCUUUAAAUUGCCUAAUAUUAUAGUGCAUGAGAUUAUUUGAUUUCACCUCUUAAAUACAGUUCCCAAAAAUGUCAAUGUCUAAUAGAAAAUCAUUCCAAGGACACGUGGUAAGUGUAGCUAUGUUUUGUGACAAGGCCUAAUAGCACCUGACACAGUCUGAUGCCUGCAUUACUAUGAAAUAUGGCAACUAAGAUGUCCAAAUAUUUGCCUCUAAACCAUUGAUUUUGUUUGAGGAAUCAUUUACAUGAGGAAAGAUGAUACCAAGAAGCAGUGUAAUUCCACCCCAGGGGGCAGUGGGAAUGCAGAAACUGGAGUGGAUCAUUCAGCCCCAAGUCCAUUUCAUCAUUCAGUUAGAUCAUGGGUGAUCUAUAGUUCAACCCCACUUACCCAUCUUUGUUCCACAUGCGUUGAUGGCCUCUAUAUCCACUUGGAAAUAACUAAUCAGAGUAAAAUCAAAGGAAGUUGCUUCCUCAAGGGACAAAUCAAAUUCCUUGAGGAAUUUGACUCUUAGCGGCCUACCUUCUACAAAAAAAAUCACCAGGGAUAUACAGCUAUCCCACCAAAUUAUCUGAACCAGCUAUUUCUGACCAGCAUUGGCACCAUUUCAGUAAUAUAGAUUCAUGACACCAAUUUGGAAUGAUGUUAAGAAGCUGCCACAGUGGAAAUAUUUGCUAAAGUUUUCUCUUACACUGCUAUGAAAUUUUGGGUGUUUUUCCAUGCUACUCACAAAGUAUGUAGUCAGUAGGGAACAACAGAUGGAUGGGCCACAUGCUUAUGUCCGUGUGUUUUCCCACAAGGCACUGUCAAUCUCAGCCAGGUCAUUUCGGGAAGAGGAAAGGUGAAUUUCCUAUACAGGGUUGAGAGGGGGAAUGAGCAAGUGAUUGAUUUGUCUCAUUCCCAAUAAAUGGCCUAAGAGUAAAAUUGAUGAGAUCAGUUGCCAAUUUGCUAGAACAUGUAUGGUACUAAUCUCUCAAAUCAAAGAAGAGUGUUCAAUGGUUUAACAUAUUUUUAAGAAUUUCCUUGCAUUCAUUAACACUAUUCAGGCUCCCUAAUCAUAGAGGGUGAUUGUUAAGUCAGGAAGGAGAUGUUCAAGAGUUAUCAGAAACCUCUCAGUAGGUCAGUCAGUAUCGGCGGAGUGAACAGGUGGGCUAAUCUUUCAGGUAGUGGAACCUUCUGAACUGGUGAAUGGCAUUUUAAAAAUAGCAGAGCAAAGAGAGGGGAUGAAACACUCAUGAAAGAAGAAAUAGACUUGACCGUAAAAUCAUAACGAUCACAGUCAGCAAAUACACCAAGCAUGAAGGUCAAAAAAAAUUGAUGGCUGACAAAUUUCAUAGCCUAGGGCAAGAAUCUGAGCCGAAAAUUGCCAUCAUUAAGUGCUGCAAAAUAUAUCUGAGCCAAUGGCAAGAGAUGGUAGUGACAUUUGAUUCUGUAAAGGGAAGGAACGUUGUCUAAGAUAAGCAUUUCUUACAUAAAACCUUACAAUAAUUGUGGAUUACUGUCUUAAUGCUCAUUCUUCUGCAAUACUAUGAAAUGGAUGGCAACAGCACAGAAAUGGAUGAAUGACCAUGCGCCCUUCAUUAGCUCCAGAUUCCUCUUACUGUGGCCUGGUCCCAAAUGAGUUGUUAGUUCUGCCUGACAGAAAGGUCAAAUGCAAACCUGUUUCAGGCCAUGAUUCCCAGUGAUUAUUGGAACAGCAGUCUGGGGAUCUUAUCUUGCUGCCUAAUACGUUACUGCACAGUCUAAACGCCAAGUGAACAAUAAAAGCUUUGUGUGAACUUUA